AUGGCAGAAUCUACCCUCGCCGUCUUUAUCAUUCUCAUUCUCACCGGAUAUUCCUCCUCCAGAGACCUCCGUCCUUCGGAUCACGGCCUCCUCUUUCAGACCUUAUCACCGGCGGGGACACAUUCUUCGCCGGAGAUGAGAUCCUUCUUCAACAGCGACAAUUCAUCGCCGACAGUGUCGUCUUCGUCUUCCUCCGACUUUGCGAUGCCGAAUGCCAUUACAACUGGAGAUCACUCCACUCCACCGUCUUCGUGGAGGAGAGACUCCGGCGAAGACGGAGUUGGGAAUGCACUGAAGGCGGCGAGUUUAGCGUGUGGAAUCGUGGGAGCGUUUCUGAUUUUGGCUUCGAGUUUGAUUUAUGUGUUCAAGUAUAGAAAGCGGGUACGAAACGAAGCUUUGCGUGGUAACAAUGGUGAGUUUGAAAAUGAUGAUGGAAAUAACAAAAUGCAAUUAGUGCUACGUGACCCUUCGAGUUCAUGA